GGCGGACGAAGUGGCAAUGAUCAUGACGAACCUUGAAAAAGCCAACCAGGAGCAGCUCGACACGGCCGAGAUCGCCUUCCAGGUGAAGGAGCAGCUGCUGAAGCACAACAUCGGGCAGCGGGUCUUCGGCCACUACGUGCUGGGGCUGUCGCAGGGCUCCGUCAGCGAGAUCCUGGCCCGGCCCAAGCCCUGGCGCAAGCUGACGGUGAAGGGCAAGGAGCCCUUCAUCAAGAUGAAGCAGUUCCUGGCGGACGAGCAGAACGUGCUGGCUCUGAGGACAAUCCAGGUGCGCCAGAGAGGUAGCAUCACGCCGCGGAUCAGAACGCCAGAAACCGGCUCUGACGACGCCAUCAAAAACAUCCUGGAGCAAGCGAAGAAGGAGAUUGAGUCACAGAAGGGAGGUAGGUGCAGUCACGCUGCGCGGGGAGGCCCUGGGGCCGCCCUGCAGGUCCCGGUGGCGAGAAGCCCCCAGUCACCCUGUUUCUGCCCCCGGCUCUGCACGGCGAAGGACCAAGCCCUCCCCAGACAUCCCGACCUUCCUGUUCUAGCCCCAAAGUGUGGCUGCUCCUCCUCCGGACCCACCUGGCAGCCUGCCAAGGCAGCCUUUUGUGAAACUGUGUCUCUUCUCAGGUGUCACAGAUCACCGGCGACGUCUGAACCCAUGAUGUUUCGUUAAACUUUUAGGGCUGUGCUCAUCGGCCUGUUCGCCCCUGGGACCCAGGUUGUCCUUCCAGGGGCAGCCAGCAGAAGCCUUUGACUCCCUGUGCAGGGGGGUUUUACCCCCUCUAGGAAACGUUGGGAACCAACAAAUCUGAAAAGGAUGAGACAUCCUUCCCCAGAGAAAGAUUUGGGAUUUCGGAGACCAGAUGUAGGUGCCCUGGGCUUGGAAGUGCUUGCUGACCGCAAGGAUCCCUUGCAAAUCCCUGGUGUCCAUGGCAGGAGCAGGCCCAGAGCAGGUGGCACCCCGGGGUGCCUGUCACUGGGCUGACGGUGGGUGGGCCCUCAGCUGUGAGCAGGCGCCCAGACCGGGCUGUCGAGAUGGCAGGGCCAAGCUGGGCUCUUUUUGGCAUUUCUCUUGCUCAGACACAUGAUCUGGAAGGGGGACCUUAUGGGGCCCUCCGCAAAAGGGUCCCUGGGAGCUGGGCACUGUCGUUUUGCCACCUACCUGCCCACAGCCGUGACGAAAAGUGAUACAUUGACCUAGGGACAUCCGUAGAAAAUAUUUGGAGAUCAUAAUGGAAAGAAACCACGUUAACUCUUGUCAGAGCGGAAACCCUCCCGCGUGACUGUGAGCUCCGUGGUGCCUUCACAAGGCUCCUCUAAAGGGAGCCCCUUUUGUAUCAGAGAUUUUAGAAACUUUGGACCUAACCUCUCCCUUCCCCCCUGCCCAAAACAGAUGAUUGAAUGAGAACGCACAAUCCAUAUGGCAUGAGGAAAUCAUUAAACCAGCUGUGCUCACAGUCAAUUACAAGAAAUGAAAUACAUUAAAACAGGUAGUCUGCUGAGAAAGCAGAAUCCCUGAGAAUUAAAUUAGACAAGAAUGGUGGAAAAGCAGACAGGGAAAACAAACAUGUUUGUAUAUUGCCAUCGUUGUUAAUGGGAUUUAUUUUGCAAUCGUCGAAACGGAAUCCGAGUCAAAGAGGUAGGUCUGGGAGCGUUUGCUUUGUUGGGCGCUGCUGUCCACGCUACCCAGCUGGUUGCUGUGCUUGUAACCUGCCAGAGCAGUCCCCGCGGAGCUGGGAUCGCCCGCCGCGGUUGUCUGCCUCAAGGAGCGCGCUGCUAACAAGGUCUGGGGGAUAAAAUCCUUUCUCCUGCGCUUUGAAUUAUGGCCACGUUUUAAAACAAUGCCCUAAAAAAAGAAAAGCUGCUGUACUUAGAAGCACAUCAAAAAUUGCGUUCUGGUGUGAAGACAGAGGAGGUGUCUGCAAACAGCUGUACUGGCGCCAGGCUAAUCCCGACUCCGGGAGAGGCCCGGGAUGCACUUUCACAGGCAGCCUAGAAAUUCCCGUUCCUUCCAGCGAGGUGUGAGCUUCCCACCCAGGCUGAAAUGAUUUACAUGCGUGCCAUGCGAAGCGAAAGCUGUUCUGUUAAUAAAUAAAGGCAAGAGGAGGAAAUGCAAUUAGCAGCCAAUCUUGCUAGAGUUUAAGAGGAUUAAA